AUGACCCCGGGCGUCGUUUCCGAGUUUGGUUUCGAACAGAUGCAUGCGCGAGUCAACCGCUAUGGGUGCGACCCUGAAGGCCUGAACAGAUGGGUUUUCGACCAUUUGGCGUCCAAUAGCACCCUGAGGGCAAACUGGUAUCGCAGGGACUGCCACUUCUUGCCCCAGUCCGCCUACGUCUACUCUUGGGAUGACGCCCUCAACCGCGUGAAUCGCUCGAAGAGGUGGUGCAAGCAUGUCCUGCGCUACUCCCGCCUGGCAGAGGACUUGAAUCGUUACUGGGGUAGUGUUGGGUAUCCUUUCCGCUUCGGGGACUUCCGGGCCGGCGGUACGACCUCCAAGGGUGGUUGUGGUAAGAUGAAAGGCCGCAACCUCACCGACUUCUCUAAGGGCCUCAUCGCUGAGGUGUACAAAGAGGAUAUGCAUAUCUUAGCUGAGCUUGAACAGGAGGCCGAGGACGCAGCAAUGGCCGCUGGGUUGGUAGCGCCAUCCAAGAGCCGUGCCAACGGCAAGCUACAGUAUGAAAUGGUGGAACUCGCGCGCGGAAGCAUACUCGUCGAGGAGUUCACGACCUCGGAGGAGUUUGAGAUUGAGUUCGGCGUGCUGCCCAGCAGCAUUCUCAGCAGCUCGUUCGGCAACAUCCUCCGCGUCACCACCUCCAGCGCCAACCGCGGCUCCGUGGGCGCCCGGUCGCCAUCGUUCGGGUUCUCGCGGAACAGCACCAGGCUGAUGGCGUUCAUGGGGCACCACGACAACCACGAAGCUCGGUGCGUCGCCGAAGGACCUGCUGGUGUGCUGCCUGUCGGGGACACGUCGCACGUCAAGGCACGCCUGAAGGACACCGUCUUCGCUGUGUUCGUCAACGGCUCCCUUGUGUGCAGUUUGCCUGGCUUUUCAAGGAAGUACGCAGCGUCGCACAGCGGCCGUCUCUGGGCCAGUGACCAAUUUGAUCCAGCAGCGGAAGCCCAGAUUGGCAACUUGACGUACCGCCCGCUCAGUAAAGAUAAAAAGGUCCACCUCCGUGUUGUGAUGUUAUGCGCUAGACGAGAAGACUAA